CAACAUGUGUCCACAACUCACAGCAGCGGCAAAGUCAUCGACAUUGUCUCAUGGCAACAUUUUGGUGUUUACGUUGGCGGCCGCUUGUUAUUGCGUUAAUUUAAGCUCGUAACUGACGCACGCCACUUAAAUAUUGUUAUUCAGACGUAGUAAAGGGUCUCCACUUGAAGAAAGAUGUCCACGCUGCCGUUACCAAAGGCUCUGACACAACGAAGGACGAACAGUCUGGAGCAAGAAAAGGAAAACUUCGAGAAGUCCCAGGCAAUAAGUAUCUCCAAGGCAAUCAAUUCAUCUGAAUGCCCCGUGAAAGAAAAGCAUGUGCGAAGUGCCAUUAUUGGUACAUUCCACGAAAAGGGUGCACACACAUUUUGGAGCAUCGCGAUGAAGUUGCCACUUCAAGAAAACCCUAUUGUGUGUUGGAAAUUCUGCCAUGUUGUCCACAAACUGCUUCGUGAAGGUUAUCACAGGGUCAUCCCCGACUCCUUACGAUACCGCCAAACGUUCUUGGAGUAUGGAAAGCUUUGGGGCCUCUUGAAGGAAGGCUAUGGAAAAUUGAUCCAGUGCUACUGUCAGCUGAUUGUGGCAAAACUAAAUUUUCAUUCCAGAAAUCCAAAGUUCCCGGGAAACAUGACUGUAACAGACGAAGCUUUGGAUGACAUUGGCGAACACGACGUCAAUGUCUUUUUUCAGUUAGCUUGUGAAAUGUUCGAUUACAUGGAUGAGGUACUGGCUCUUCAGCAGGCAGUGUUUGGAUCAUUGGACAUGGCACGCUCCAAUUCAAUGACGAACUCUGGACAGUGCCGAUUGGCUCCUCUUAUUCCUUGUAUUCAGGACUCCAGCCAGUUGUAUGACUACACGGUCAAAGUCCUCUUCAAGUUGCAUGCAGCGUUGCCGUCCGACACCCUGUGUGGACACCGUGAGCGAUUUCUGAAGCAGUUCAAACAGCUACAACAGUUCUAUUUGAGUUCAGUGAACUUGCAGUAUUUCAAGCAUCUUAUUCAAGUUCCUCUGUUGCCUGAGAACCCUCCAAACUUUCUAGUGGCCUCAGACCUGAGCUCGCAUGUGAGCCCAGUUGUUAUCUUGCCACCCCAAGCCGACACACCCGAAAAUGAACCCAUCGAAGGCAUGCUCAUUGAUACCUCGGUUCCAGAAAGAUUUGAGCAAGUCUUGGGAGCAAGCGGGGACGUACCUGAUGGGCACCAAAGUAGCACGGAUGAAGCUGAAAAAGAUCGUAUGAUCGCAAAGCUACUCAGGGAAAACUCUGAACUACGCAUGGAGCUUCAGAAAGUAAGAAUUGAAGAACAACGCUUUGCAGAUGACCUCAAGCGUCAUGUAUUAGCACUUGAGGCUCAAAUUGCUGAAAAUGAGCGCACUAUUCACAGCCUGAGUAAGGUUUCAAUGCUUCGACAGGAGAAUGAGGUACUCCAGAGCUCUGCAGAGGAUGAGACUGAAGCUGCAAAGAAAGUUGAAGAAGCAGAUAAGAAAUGGAAAGCAAGUGAGGAAAAAUUCCACAAAAUGAAAGAUGUAUACACCAAAUUAAGGGAAGAGCAUAUUGGACUUCUGAGAUCUAAAGCAGAAAUAGAGAGACAGUUGACCUCAGUCCGAGCUGUGGCUGAGAAUGCGGAAAAAGCCCGCCAGGAACUGAAUGAGCAGUUAAUGUUGGCUGUGGAGGAAAAGCAAACAGCUCAAGAGAGGAUUCAACUUGUUGGGGAAAGAUUAACGCAUGCUGAGGCCUCUUCCCAAGAAAAUGAGCAACUUAAGAAGGGUGUGGAGAGUUUGCAAGAGCAAUUCAAGGCACUCCAAGAAGCGAGCCAAGAGAAAGACGCAGAGCACAAUCACGCACUGUCCGAGCUUAAAGAAGCACACAAACGAGACAAGGACAUGUUACAAGCCUCGGCGCACUCCAAUCUCUUUAGCAUUUUAGUUGGAGUCAUCAAAGAAGCGGAAGGGAUACUGAAACUAGCUAUCGACGAGAUGGACAUACCUGGGGGCAGCAGUUACUCCGGAACGCCAGAAUCUAUGAGUCUACUAACGGGGCCUGCCUUGUGCUCUUUGAAGAAAUUGCAAACAGGCUUUGAAUCAUACAACACCAAUCCUGAAGUCGUAGAAGGUCUAAUGUGCUCCAUCUACCCUCUGGCCCACACAUUAGCGCAACUCCUGAAUGCUGGAAAAGCUGUGUCUGCUAUCUCGCAGGAUAUUGAACUAGGAGAUGAGCUUGUAACCGUCUGCAAAUCUCUAGGAAACGGCGGUGUAUCAUUGUUUGAAUUACUCCGGUGCAAAGGCUCCAGCGAAAACGUAAGAAUGAGUACUGCCGCCGUCGAAAAAUCUGUGUCAGCUGUUGCCGCAGCCGUAGAUGCCAUUAAGGAGUCCCUAGCUGGCGAAGACAAGCGCAAGCUGGGGGAUCUCGUCGAGGAGGAACUGUCUCAAAUGGACAAGGCUAUAGAUGAAGCAGCUCAACGCAUACAGGAUAUGUUGCACAAGUCUCGUACUGGGGACUCUGGAAUCAAGCUGGAAGUCAACAGCAAAAUCCUAGACGCUUGCACGGCGCUUAUGCAGGCCAUUAGGGAGCUUGUGAAGGCUUCGAAGCAUCUGCAGGAAGAAAUUGUGGGAAAAGGAAAGGGCUCAGGCUCCAAGAAGGAGUUCUACAGUCGCAAUCACCGAUGGACGGAAGGCCUUAUCUCUGCAUCUAAAGUGGUCGGAAUGGGUGCAAAUUUCCUAGUCGAUGCUGCCGACAAAGUUGUAGCGGGACAGGCAAAGUUUGAGGAGCUUGUGGUGGCAAGUCAGGAGAUUGCGGGUGCAACGGCGCAGUUGGUCGUGGCAUCGAAGGUGAAAGCGGACCGUGGCUCUCAGCGCUUAGCAGAGCUGUCGAAGGCUUCCAGAGUUUUGACCGAAGCUACUGGCAACGUGGUUGCUACUGCUAAGUCCUGCGCGGAGAUGGUGGAAGAUUCGGAGGCGAUGGAUUUCUCUAAGCUCACUUUGCAUCAAGCCAAGCGGUUGGAAAUGGAAUCUCAGGUACGAGUUCUGGAGCUAGAAAGUAAUCUCCAGAAAGAGCGUGUGCAAUUGGCGGAGCUUCGGAGACGUCACUACCACUUGGCAGGUGCAAGUGAAGGAUGGGAUGUCAGAGAGGAAAAUGGGACUGGCUGGAAGUCUUCAUCAAUAUCAUCGUCAUUGCAUAAAACAGCACAGGACAAGUUGUAGCCUGCAUCCCUGUACUGUUACGUCUGCCGCGACACUGUAGCUGCAAGCUCAAUAGGGUACACACAAGUGUUCUAGCCAGAGGGAGGUUUCUGUAGGUCAUGAUCUACAGGGACCCUCUAAUAUCUCACAGAGAGGAGUUUCUGGCAUUGCCGUUUAUGUACAGGGCCGCGCAUACUUCAGUAUCGGAAGUUGCUGACAUCAAAGCGUAAACACAUCUUUCAGUGCCUGGUGAGCCAUAAAACAAACUUAGGUAUGCACUGAAUGGGUCGAUUUUGAUAUUCAAGUGACAAACUAGGAUGUGAUUUGUGCAUGCUAGGAGAAAAAGAUGAUGAGGCAUAUUCUGGAAUAAUUUUAGCAAGUAAUAGUAUCUGCAUGGCCCUAUUUUUGAAAUUUAGUUUUCCCAAUAUUGCCUCUGUGUUGGAUCGAGCAGAGCACGAGAUCAUAGUACACUUCUGAACGACGUUCUGAAUGCAUCCACUUUUAGUUUAACGACAAGGGGCACCCUUUGAAGGAAUGUAAAUUCCUUUAGCUGACCAGGAAGUUCUGGUGGAGAAAUGAUGAUGCUUUCGAUAUACUUGCAGCUCUUCAUGGUUGCAUGCUAUUUUCACUAUGAAUAGCUGCAAAAAACAUAACUUUAGACUCGAGGGUUUGGAGAUCCGGUGGUUGCGGUUGCUACUGUGCAUGGAUAGGGCCUUGUGUUUUGUUACAACAGAUAUUGCCCCCCCCCCAAACUUUGCAUCAUCAUUAUAUAGUUCCGUUGUGUUACCUCAAAUGCGAGGUGCCUCUCUUUUUUUUUUUGCCUUCCACGCAAAACUCUGCUCUUUCAACCGAUAUCGCUCGAUUUCGCUCAUUUCUGAUUCCUGCAACAAAACCCACUUUUAAUCCUGAUUUUCAAAAAAGAUAAAACCCGAAAACAUGCGGCUCUAUGCAUGGAGGAGGUGGUCGAUUCCUGUUUGCCGGCAUGAAAGCCUGCCAGCUAGUGCACUGUGAGACGAUGGGAGCAAGUAGGUUCUAUGCGAAAUGCGAAUGAAAUUCAGGAAGCAAAUUUGGGUAUAACCAGCCCAUACACAUAUACAUACACACACAAACAAAAAUGAUGAAAGUGGAAGCCUUACGUAAUCAGUUCUCCCUUACUAACGAAGUAGUAUUAGAGACAGUGUUCGUUAAAGGCACCAUGAAGAGACCCUCAAAACCUCAGUAAUCAUAUGUAGUGAAUUCCUGGGCAUUAAUACAUUCAUCAUGCAGAGUAUGAACUAAGCAUUGCUUGGAAUAAUGGAGACAAUAACUAAAAACCAUGGCUAAAAAGGACGAUUGGUACGACCGCUAGAUUUUUCUUCUUUUUUUUUUGCGCGUGAACUGCUCUCGCUGUGAAUGCGAUACGAGAAAAAUCUGAUAUAUUUCGGAUAAAAAUCCUCCAUGAGAGCCUCCACCGAGAACUUGGAUUUUUCAGGAUCUCUCCAUAGUCCCUUUAGAGUGCUUGAGUCUUAGUAGCAUGGCUCUCCUUUGCACACUGCAGGUGUAGAUUUAUUCCCGCUGGAAUUUCUUUUAGUUCAGCAUGCAGCUCCGAGCAGCUGUCUCCUUAUGUCCUGUAAAUAGGGACCAGUUAGACUGGAUAAAGCUGUCUCAUUGGUGCUUCCAUUCUAUGUUUCUUGGGCUCCGUGCCGUUAAACUUCUUACAGUUCUUUCAUUCCAUGUUCUCUCGUUUCAUUCCUAAGGUGGUCCACAUGAAGAUAACAUUCUAGGUUAUGUCUGUUGGAUGAAUCUCAAUUUACAGUUUUCAAAAAUACCCUAUGUUAUAUACGUGACAGCUUUCUUCAAAAUUUUUACAAACUGUGUGACAAACAAUGUAAAGAGCUGCUGCAUGGCAGUCAGCUGCGUCGCUAUGUAGUACGUGUUUCUUCUUUGUUUUAUGCGUUACUGUUAUGUUACAUAACUAGAUACACAACCGACCAGUAAUGAAGCAUUAUUCCAAGCUCCCAGUGAUAUAUGGCACAAGCUUCAUAAUUAUUCAUGACCCUGCUUUUGGCAACGUUUGCAAUUCUAUGAUGCUUAAUUUUGAUAGUUUUUGGAAAAUAUCUUUUUUUUUAAACAUCAACAGCAGAAAAAUUGGGGAAUAAGUCCUGUAGUUUAGGUUAUGGUAAGUUCAGGCUUACUGUUUGCUGUAAUUCAGAAUAACAGAAUGCUGUUGCUGCUGGAUAUAUGGCAACAGUGGCCAUGUUCCCACUUGACAAAAGGUUUGAAAGCAACUCGGCUGCCAACACAAUUAAUUACACUUACAAGUAAAAGGAACACAAGCAUGUGUGGCGCUUGAGAGUGCACUAGCAGGACGUUUACGUGUUUCUUCAGCCCUCUGGUGUUUUCCCGUGAUGUCACACUCAGUCUGUGCGAUAACUUAUAAAACACGGGUGCAACAGUAAUGUCGUUGUUUUCGUUUUCCUGCUUUUUCAUUUUCACAUGCUGUGUGGUCUCUAAGCCUAGAUUACCUAUGCUGCAAUGCUCUGUUUUUUUGUUGUGUUACACAUUAUGCCCAUUCCUUUUCAAAGCAAGCAGUUUCACUUGCCAUUCAGUUCAGUUGUAAUAAUCUGGUUUAACCCACAAUGGCUACACCCAUUAUUUAAGAAUGUUAGUUUGUGGGAGGAAUCUAGCUUCGCAGUAAGAGACCUUAGUAGUGCAAGUGAAGCACUGGCAAUGCUUGGGUGCUACAAGGCGCAAAAUAUUUUUUGGGGGGUCUAGUGCACCUGUGAAGCUUUUGGUGCUAUAAUGUUAAAAGAUGUGUUGCAAGAAGUUCUGUACAUAUUGCAUUUUAAUUAGCAGAAAAUAUGAUUUCACCCAAAAAAAGGACACAUUUCGUACCUUUUGUCGCAAAAUGGUAUUCUCAGCACUACCUUCAUUUUGAUGAUGCCUAUUCAAAACCUGCUAAGUGAAAUAAUCUCCACAUGAGGAAAUUUAACAUUGGCUUUUAGUUAAAGAAUGGCAACUGGUAUUGUGAGGCUGCUUCCAUUUCACAUCUCAUUUUCUCAGCAACUGUACUGUGCCACAUGAUGAUGAUUCCACAGUCCAUUGUGUGCUCCUUACCAAAGAUGAUUGAAACACGAUGAGAAUUUGGUACAGCGGAUUUGAAAUGCAUAGCAGAUUCCAUCAACAUCAUUUUCGAAAACCUUUUGUUCACACACUUAAGGAAAGGGGUAUACUCUCAAUCCAAAUUAACCAGCAGAAUGUUAUAUUGCACCAUUGGGAAUUCAGAAAGCAUGCUCAGCAUGGCUGUCAGUGUAGGACCGCACUGCAUUAUGCUGUCAUUUUUUGGAUAUCUUUCGUAGUUUGACAUGUCGCUGAAAUACAUUGUGUCAGACGGAUUGGCUGCAUGAAGGCCAAGUUGGUAAAUCUAGUACCCACCUAGAAGAAUGUCUUAGACAUUUGAAAUUACUGACUGAGGCAUCAGGGAAUGCAGCAGUCUGCCGUGAAUCAGAAAUUACAAAAAUCACUCCCGCCAGUACUUAUUUUUUUCUCUAUGUUAUCGUUGUCAACAGAUAGCUGGUGGGACCGUCACUCGUAUUUCUCGUGUAGUGUUUGAUUGGCUCGUUAUUUAUGUUUGGCUACUGCAUCAAAUGCUGCUAUAAUUUAUGUAAUGCCUCUUCUGAGACUCUUCAGGUAACUAAAUGAAAAAAAACAAAAAACUUAUUGAAGGUGGGAGAUAGGCACUUCGCACAUAGUCACCCAGCUUCCGGAGAAAUACUCUGACGAGGCAGCGAGGAAGGUGGGAUUGUAAGGGUGGUACGCCUCCACUGGCAUUGUCACUUCGUCUGCACCUUUAGUAAGGUGUAAAUUUGUAUUGAAUGCAUUCAUGUAGCAAUAUACAUGACAUUAUACAUGGCAGGGAGGACCAAAAGUGAUGUCAACACCAGAUCCAGUAGCAAAGUACUACAAGAGAAAUAUGUUUCUGUGAAAUGUAACUUUUGCAGGAAUUAUUAUAAUGUAUUGCCGCUUAAGUAUCUGAGAAUGUAUUGAAGUGCAUGUAGCUGUACUUUUUGGCUGCAGAAGUUGCCGUAACUUUAUAUAUAGCAUAAACUGCCAAAGCAUGCCAAAGUUAGAAAGAGCCUAUAAUAAUACAUUACAGCUGAAUUCCAGAAUGGAACACUACUAGUGAAACUCGUCUGAAGUGGCGCCGAGGAUAUUUAAAAAAAUAUUUUCGAACAUUUGAUGUUUGAAAUUAUGAUGCUAUAAUUUAUUAUAAGCUCCUUUAAUCACUGUACACCCUGUAGUACCACUUGAGAAUGCUAUUGAUUUAAUUUAAGUGACAUUUUUAUUCUUGUAUUAUGCAUGUAACUGCUUCUUGCUCAGUAUCAGUGCUGACGACACUUGAAUGUGCAUAUACUAUACUAUAAGUUAGCUGACUGAGCGGUGACAAGAAGUCUACUGCUGUGUUCAGGAUGGUUUUUGCUGUACGGACAGCAAACUGCUUGACAUUGCACGAGAUAUUUAAUGCUAGCGUGUAUUACAAUUUUGUGGAACAACAUGUAUUGUGCAUUUCAAAGAAUAACACUACCUAGGACAUCGUAGAUAAAGUAUAUGCUGCCAUGUUAUCACAUAUCCGACUGCAAGUAUUGGAAGAGUGGACGUUCAAACCUGUCGCAAAAAUGUUGUUCCAAUUGGGUGCACAGAACUUUUUCUAACUGGUAUGCCUGCUCCAUACAGGAGAGCUGAAAGUUGAAGAGCAUAUUUUUCAUCCAGGAUACUUUGAUAACCUUUAUAAAAAAAAGAGUUAUGCCAUAGAAUUGUGAAUUUUUGUACUCUUUGAGCUGGAUUGUGGCUAGCACGGUUUGUUUUGCUUACAAACCACUGUGUCCGUAACACACCACCAUUGUUGUGCUGGUUUUGAAAUGUCGCUGUUACAAAGCAACUAAGUUGACACCAAAGUGGGAUAACAUGCAGCCGUUGAGAAGUACACACAUAGGAUAAGCAAGAACAUGAUACACCUUGAGACGUGAAAGUCGAGUGGUAGUUAUGUGAACACUAUCUCAGAGGGUGUGUGUAUGUACUAGAAGGUGCUGCAUGAAUGUUGAGUCAUGUUAAAUAUAUGUAUUUGUAUCAUCAUAUGCAAAGUUUAAAGUAGUUUGCACAUGUUACCUCAGGCCUUUGUACUGUGACAUAAUAAAGGCUUGUUAAUAAAAUUAGUCAAUACGGA